AUGUUCGAUUUGAUAAAAGGACGUGAACGCGCCUUGUUAGCCUCUCGCGAUGCCGUCAUUUACUUAUUCAAUACAUUUCGAUUUGUGGGCUUUAAUCCACCAGCGCAAUGUCGUUUCGUUUACUUCUUCUAUAGCAGCAUAAUAACGCUAUUCAUCGUUUUACUUUCACCGCUUAUCUUUAAUGUUGGCUGGAUACGUGAUAGGAAUAUACUAACGAUAAUGGAGAUCCUAAAUUGUGUACAAGCGGCGCUCAAUGUGAUUGGUGUGCCAGUUAAGAGCAUCACUUUGGCAUUGUCUUUGGAUCGAUUACGCAGCAUUGAACCAUUGCUGAUGAGGUUGGAUGCACGCUAUACCGCACCGGAGGACAUGGCUAAGAUACGCAGCAGCGCAAUCACUGGCAAUCGCAUUGUAUUCGGUUUCAUUGUAUCGUAUAUGAUGUAUGCGGCGCUAACACUCAUGUCAGCACUGCUGGGUGGACAUGCACCACUUACGCUAUGGAUACCUUACGUAGAUUGGCAUAGGUCAAUGUGGGAAUAUUGGUUGCAAGUUAGCUUCGAUACCUUAAUGCUCUUCUACAUACUUUUCCAUCAAAUUGUCAAUGACUCAUAUCCAGCUGUAUAUAUUUACAUAAUACGCACUCAAGUACAGUUGCUGGCGAGUCGUGUAAGACGCUUGGGGACAAUGGCACACAAAGGAAAGGAUGCGACCUAUCAUGAGCUGCAGGAAUGCAUUAUUACGCAUCAGGAAAUUUUAAGAUUGGUGAGCAUCGUAGAACCCGUUAUAUCUGUCACUAUGUUUGUACAGUUCUUUAUCGCUGCCGCUAUUUUGGGCACAACCAUGAUAAACAUAUUUAUUUUCGCUGAUGCCACUUCGAGAAUAGCCUCUGUGACCUAUUUGUUUUGUGUUGUAUUGCAAACAUCACCGGCGUGCUACUAUGCUACACAUUUACAGUCGGAUUGUGAGCAGCUAACCUUGUCUAUUUUCCAUUACAAUUGGAUGACGCAGGGUAAACGUUUUAACAAGUUGCUUAUAUACUUUUUGCAACGGUCGCAGGAUGAAAUGCCAUUAUUCGCAAUGAAAUUAGUGCCAAUAAAUUUAGCUACAAGUGUGUCGAUCGGCAAGUUCUCGUUCACACUUUACACCUUUAUUCAAAAAAUGGGCGUAGGCAAGAAUUUAAAGAAUUAG